CUAUAGUCGUCUUCUUCUAAAGUCCUUUUUGUCGAAACCCUAGGUUUCGACUUGCAGCCUGUUUGGAGUUCCAUCUCCGGCCAAAUUAGAUUGAAAAGCGUUAUAAGUUGUAAGUAAAGGGGUUCCAAACAGAGAUGGCCAAGAAGAAGGAAAAGAAGGUAAAUGUGUCUGGGAAACCAAAGCAUUCUCUGGACGUCAACCGAAGCAAUGAGAACAAGAAUGGCCGUAGCGCCGCCACUGUGCGACGUCUCAAGAUGUAUAAUACGAGGCCAAAGCGUGAUCGGAAAGGGAAGGUGUUGAAGAAUGAACUUCAGUCGAAGGAGUUACCUGACACACGAAUUCAACCUGAUCGCCGCUGGUUCGGGAAUACCCGAGUUGUAAACCAGAAAGAGCUUGAAAUUUUCCGGGAAGAGCUUGAAAAACGGAUGUCAAGUAGCUAUAAUGUGAUUUUGAAGGAAAGGAAGCUCCCCCUUUCCCUGUUGAAUGAUCAUCAGAAGCAAUCCAGAGUCCAUCUUCUCGAUACAGAACCUUUUCAAGAUGCAUUUGGGCCAAAGGGGAAGAGAAAGCGACCAAAGCUUUUGGCUGCUGACUAUGAGUCGUUACUUCAGAAGGCUGACAAGUCCCAUGAUGACUUUGAGGAAAAGUAUGCUGAAAAUGCUACUAUAGAGGGAAGUGAAGAAGAUGGUUUUAGAGACCUAGUUCGACAUACUAUGUUUGAGAAGGGUCAAAGUAAACGUAUAUGGGGCGAGCUCUACAAAGUAAUCGAUUCUUCAGAUGUUGUUGUCCAGGUUCUAGAUGCAAGAGAUCCACAAGGAACAAGGUGUUACCAUUUAGAGAGACAUUUGAAAGAGCAUUGCAAGCAUAAACACGUGGUUCUUCUGUUAAAUAAGUGUGAUUUGAUUCCUGCUUGGGCAACAAAGGGAUGGCUUAGAGUAUUAUCUAAAGAAUAUCCAACUCUAGCAUUUCAUGCAAGCAUCAACAAAUCCUUUGGAAAGGGUUCUCUCCUAUCCGUGCUGAGACAAUUUGCUCGCUUAAAAAGUGACAAGCAAGCUAUCUCCGUGGGAUUUGUUGGGUAUCCCAAUGUUGGAAAGUCAUCUGUAAUUAACACUUUACGGACAAAGAAUGUGUGCAAAGUCGCACCUAUUCCAGGGGAAACUAAAGUUUGGCAAUAUAUAACUCUCACAAAGAGGAUUUUCUUGAUCGACUGCCCAGGAGUUGUUUAUCAAAAUAGUGACACUGAAACCGACAUUGUGCUUAAGGGCGUGGUACGAGUUACAAAUUUGGAGGAUGCAUCCGAACAUAUUGGAGAAGUUUUGAAGCGUGUGAAGAAGGAACACCUUGAAAGAGCGUACAAGAUAAAAGAGUGGGGGGAUGACAAUGACUUUUUAGUUCAGCUUUGCAAAUUGACAGGCAAGCUUCUAAGGGGUGGUGAGCCUGAUUUGACCACUGCAGCAAAAAUGGUCCUCCAUGAUUGGCAGAGGGGCAAACUUCCCUUCUUUGUUUCGCCACCCCGAGUAGAAGACGAGUCAGAAGAACCCAACUAUUGUGUUGAUGAAGACUCAGGUGUGGAUAGCAACCAAGCUGCAGCCGCUUUCAAAGCCAUUGCAAAUGUGAUAUCAUCUCAGCAGCAAAGAAGUGUACCUGUUCAAAGGGAUCUGUUUAGUGAUAAUGAGUUGAACGGCGAGACGUCGGACCACAUUCUAGUCUCAGAGAAUGAGUUACAGGCUCCUCCUUCUGACACUGAGGGAAAAACAUCGGGAGACGAGGAUGACGAUAAUGAAGAUGAACGUCCAAUUGCAGGCUGAGAUCAUCUGGUGAUAAUUUCCUACUUAAUUCUGUAUCUUCUGGUCUGUAUCUUUUUGCCAAUGCUUCUCUUCUAUCCUCUUUCUUUAGGCUCUUGGCAAAUAUAGGCCAUCUGUUCGUAGCUUCUAUUUUUCUAUAGUUGUUAUCUGUUGGGGAAGGUGAAAAAAGUUAACCCUAUACUAUAUAACAUGUCUAGUCUCUACAUUUCUUUGGAAACAAAUUUUGAUAUAGGCCAUUAAAAGCAUUUCUAUUCAUUGCAACACAUCGGAAAUGAAAGCUGUGCCCAAUCAUCCUC